CUGGAAGUGGAACGGCUAAGUCGUAACCUGAGACUAGUCCCCUAGAACUUGACAAGCUAUCUGAUGGGCAAUCUCUUUUUCUAACAGGCCACACCAUCAAGUUCUGCCACGUCAGAAGGAACGAUGAGGAUAAAGGGUUGAUCAGCACCAACUAUGAUGGGGACAUGUACGACAAGUGGGGAUACUACCUUAACCCAAAGACCCCAGGUGGGACAAGGAAGGAGGCCCUACGACGAGCCGAGGCCGGCGCGCCACCCGCUCCUCCAUCCAUGUUUCGGAUAUGGCAGGAGAAAGAGGUCCGCUGCGACAUCAGGGUGGAAGAGGUAGGAGAGAACGAAGAGGUAGAGCAAGAAAGGAAAGCCGGCACCAUCAAGGAAGAACCGAUCAUAGUAGAGUCCGACGAUGAGAUAGAAGAAGACUGUUGGAACAGGCCGCGACAUGCUGAGACAGGGGAAGAUUACUGGAGAACGGUCCGACAGACAAUGGAGAGAAUGGAAGACUUAGUAGCCAAGGUCGGGAGGUACAAACAAAAGUUAUCCGCUAUGUGUGACGAGGUCAGGAAGUGGAAAGGUAAGGAGUCACUGGUGUACCUCUACGAUCAGGGUUCAGGGUCGCAAGGUGGAUCUGGAAGUCUGCCAGGCGUCACGACUUCAAGGCAAGCGCCAAGGUCCAGAAUGACCUAUAGACCACCCUCGAGAUCGGGAAGAGCACCUCAGGCGGUUAGGACAAGGGCCAAAGGGCCGGUAAGCCCCGAAGAACAAGCAAAGGAUGUUCCUGAGCCCAGUGGAGAGAAAGAGGUGGUGAAUGUUCCAGAGGGGGAGGAUGAUGAAGACGACAGGUUGAGGAAAGAGGAGGAUGAGAAAGCCGAGCAAAGAGCCAAAAAGAGGGGCGCCAAGCCUGAUACGGACAGAGCUCAGGAAGUGAAGAAAAAGAAGUAUGCUGUCCGAGUAGAAGAGGGAUUUGAUGUGGAGGAGAUCAUGGAUAGGAUUCUUGAAGGUCAUAACUAUCUUAUGAACCUGAAGGAUGUCCUGGCCUCAUCGCCAAGGCUCCGAGAUGAGCUAAGGGCACGAUUAUCCAGGAAGAUGGUGGUCAACAUACGGUUAGGGACUAUAAUCCCUAAGGAGGCUGAGUGGGCUGAAACGGGUACUAAGAUGGACUGGAAGUCUGUCGCCUGUGGCUGCCUCGAUGUUGUGGUGAAAGGGAAGACAUGCACCGCGAUGGUGGAUAGUGGAGCGGAAAUGAACCUCAUAAAGGAGGAACAUGCCGUACGGAUGGGAAUGGAGAUAGACCGCUCUGACAACGGGGUUUUGAUGGGGGCCAACAAUCGAUCGGUAUUCAUUGGGACCGUGUCGUCAGUGAUAUUGGAGAUAACUCACCACCGCUCCAAGUCCCCUCCUGCCCUAGGGACCAUCUUACCACGCACCCUUUGGGACACCUCAGGGUGUUGAAGAUGGUAAGGCCCUCAAGCCGGUGUUGCGCUCGCUAAAGGGUUACUCCCCUUAGCACGC